AUGUCGUCUAAUCAAUAUGCAUCUCCCAAUUCAAGGAAUCCAAGUGGUCAAUAUCCAAAUUCUCAUAUGCCUCAAGCUGUGAAUCUUCCACCUCAUUUAUUGCCAAGACAAUUUAUAGAACAACAGAAUCAACCUCAAAACAAUUACCAGAUGAAUGAGACACCACAACCACCACCACCACCAGCACCUCAUGGCCAACAAAGAAGAGCUUCAGCUGAACAAAUGCAUCGUCAUACAUUAGAUCCACAACGAGCACAAUCGUAUUCGUCAGGACAAUCUUAUCCAACAAACCAACAGCCACCUCCUUUGAAUAGACCCAUUAGUCAGAAACAACAAUAUCAACAUGGGGCUCCACCACUACCACCAUUGCAACAGCAGCAACAACAGCAUUAUUCUUCUUCUCCCCUGAAUUAUCAACAAGGAUAUGUUAGAGGACAACAACAUCAGCAACAACCACAAUAUACACAAAUGCAACAGCACUCUACUUCUCAUCCACCACCUCAACAACGUGCUUAUUCUUUGCAGAAUACUCCUCAACAAUAUCAACAACCAGGGUACCAAUAUGACAAUUUACCUCCACAGCCACAACAACAUUCUUCGCCUCAUAGACAGCCACCAAUCCAACCACAUCAACCAUACGCACAACAACAAUCUCCGUUGGCAUCACCUGUUAGACUGCAAAAGCCACAAUUACCCUAUCCACAACAAAGACAGGAUGAUUUACCUGGCUUAGAUCAACGACCACAACUUCCUCAGCAUGCUUCGGCUCUGUCCUUAACUUACGACACGAGUCCAAACUCAAAUCAAAGGCGGAUGGCGUCUAUGGAUUCAUAUCAUUCUCAAUAUAAUAAUUUACCAUACCCCGUUGAUGGAAAUGCUAAUGCCCAACAACAACAAACAUCACCUCAGCCUCAAUCUCAACAACAAUUUCCACAACAAUCGCGUAGAUCUCUGCGUAGAGCCGCUACUGGUAAUUUACCUCCAAUUCAAACUAAUGAACCAUACACUGAAUCACAUGGAAGAAGAAUAGUAUCGACACCAACUGCACCCAACAUGCCUAUAAAUAAUCAACUAACACAUGAUUCAAGAACUAAAUCAUUAUCCUCUGGCUCACAAAAAUAUUCCCAACAAUCGCAACAGCAACAACAACACCAUCAACAACCACCAAGUCAUACCAAUGGUCAUAGACCUUCUUCAAGUUCUAGUGGGUCUGGUUCUUCACUCCAUCAUUCCAACUCUCGUUCACUUACGUCAUUAACUAAACUCUCAUCAUUAUCAACCAAGAAGUUUGGUUCAUCAUCAUCAAUUCCAAAGGUAUUGGAAAAACAAACACCAAAACGUCAUACUUCUGGUGCAGCACAUAAGCCAGCGGUGUAUCCUGCAUUAUUGUCAGCAGUUGCCAAGAUAUUUAGAGAAGCCAUCAUAUUGACUAUAAAUACCAAAGAUGGUUUAGAAUAUCAUGAUACAUUUACUGGUAAAAUGGCCGUGGAUAUUAUUUGUCGUAUUAUUAGAACUAAUGAUCGUAAUUUGGCAUUAUUAUUGGGUAGAUCAUUAGAUGCUCAGAAGUUUUUCCAUGAUGUUACAUAUAAUCAUAGAUUAAGAGAUUCGGUUCAUGAAGUAUAUGCUUUCAAUCAUGUUUAUAAUGAUGUUGAAUUUUAUCAUGAAGAAACAUUUGCCAAUAAUAACAAUAAUAGUGGUGAGAAUUCAAAACAUGGUUCAUUUCUUGAUAGUACUCAGUUACAAUCGUCUGAUUUUCCUGUAUCACCACAAUUCCCUCCUGGGUCCGUUAUGUCUGAGAAUAGUACCUUGGUGCCAACUAAACCUAAGGAAUUAACUGCAAGUCAACAAACUGGUGUCAAUGGGGUGUUUACAAUUUUGACUGAUUGUUAUUCACCUACUUGUAGUAGAAAUAGAUUAUGUUACAGUAUUGCAUGUCCUAGAAGAUUAGAACAACAAGCUAGAUUGAACUUGAAACCACAAGGAGGAUUAAAGAGAGCAGUUUCCCGAUUAUCUAUCCAUGAACAAGAAGAAAGUGAAACAUUAUGGCAUAAGACUGUUCCUCAAUCAGUGUUGGAUAAAUUAGAUAAACAUGAAAAAACUAGACAAGAAUUGAUUUAUGAAUUUGUAUAUACUGAACGUGAUUAUGUCAAGGAUUUAGAAUUUAUGACAGAUUUCUAUAUUAUGCCUUUGAGAAAUCCAGCUAAUAAUAUUAUUCCUGAACAUCAACGAGAAACAUUUAUUCAUACUGUUUUUGGAGGAGUUAGUGAUUUAUUAAGAUUAGCUAAGAAUUUCAGUGAAGCAUUGACUAGAAGACAACAACAACAAAAACCAGUUGUUGAAGAGAUUGCUGAUGUAUUUUUAGAUCAUGUUGGUUUAUUUGAACCAUUUAUUAGAUAUUCGGGGAAUAAAGUGUUUGCAGCAUUUGAACAUGAAAGACAACAACAAGUGAAUAUGAAAUAUGCAAGAUUUUUAGAUGCAAUUGAAAAGAAGCCAGAAUCUAGAAGACAAGAUUUAUCUUCGUUUUUGAUUAAGGGUGUUCAAAGACCAGCAAGAUAUCAAUUGUUUUUGGCGGGGAUUUUGAAGCAUACAAAACCUGAAUCUCCUGAUUAUAAGAAUUUAGUUAAAGCCAAGGAAGAAAUUGAAAAAGUGUUGGCUAGAAUUAAUGUUCAAACUGGUGAAAGUACUGAUAGACAUAAGAUUAUGGUAUUGCAUAGAUUAUUGGGGAAACAAACGUUGGAAAAUAAAUUCAAUUUUAAAUUAUCUUAUAAUAAUAGAAUUAUUUAUCAAGCAAGUUUAACUAGAAAAAGAGAUAAUGAAAAGAUUGAUUUAUAUUUGUUUGAACAUGCUUUGUUAUUGGUUAAACAUAAGAUUCAAAAUAAACGAGAACAACAUAAAGUUUUUGAAAAACCAAUGUAUUUACCAUUGUUGUUUGUUAAUGGAGGAUAUGAAAUUCCAGUUAGUAAAACAAUUAUGAAUCAUCGAUAUAAUGGAUCCAUAGUUUCUGAUACCACCCUUAGAAAUCAACGUACAGAAACUAAUUAUAUUGGAAAUACAUUAAAUUCAUCCAAUACUACUAAAUGCCAAUUGAAUUUCUUUGGAUUAGGAAGUAAUCAAGUUCAUGUUUCAUUAUUUGCUGAUGAUGUAGCUGUUCAAAGCCAAGUAUUACAACAAGUUCAACAACAACAAAAGAAAUUAAUCGAUAACAGUGAUUUAUUCUCAUUAACUAAAUUUGAAACUAGAAGAUUUCAAGGGAAUAAUAAAAUCAAUUGUGCUGUUCCAUGUUAUGGUGGGAAGAAAUUAUUAUAUGGAACUGAUUCAGGUGUUUGGGUAAGUACUGUUAGAUCAAUUAAUAUGAAUUCAAGUGAUAAGAUUGUUUCUGAUCCAACUAUGGUUAUUUCAAAAGUUUAUGUCACCCAAAUUGAAGUAUUGGUUGAAUAUUCCAAAUUAUUAGUAUUAAGUGAUAAAUCAUUAUAUGAAUUCGAUUUAAGUUGUACUGAUUCAUUAGAUCAUUUGAAAAAUACUAAACUGGGUAAAUUAAUCAUGACCCAUAUUUCGUUUUUCAAGAUUGGUAUUUGCGAUGGUAGAUUAUUAAUCUGUGGUGCUAAAACUGGUGGACAACAUACAAUAUGUAUAUUUGAACCAUUAAAUCCAUUCGAUAAAGGUAAAAAUAGAAAUAGAAAAGUUGAAGUUCAAGAAAUCCCAUUCAGUUCUGAUCCAAUUUCAAUUUCAUUCUUAAAAACAAAGUUAUGUGUUGGAUGUGCCAAAGGAUUUGAAAUCUUAUCAUUGGAAGCUGGUAAAAAGGAACCAAUCUUAGAUGAAGCUGAUCCAUCAUUAGAUUUUGCCAUUCAGAGAGAAACUGUCAAUCCAUUGGCUAUUCAUCGAUUAGGUCGUGAUUUCUUAUUAUGUUAUGCCGAAUUUGUAUUUUUGAUUAAUCGAAAUGGUUGGAGAACUAAUCAUGAUUGGGGGAUUUUUUGGGAAGGUAAUCCUCAGAAUGUUGCCCUUUUCUUUCCAUAUUUAUUAUCAUUUGAACCUGGGUUUAUUGAAAUUAGAGAUUUACAUACUACUAAUUUAUUAAGAGCUUUAACGGGGGAAAACAUUAGAUAUUUACAUUCCAAUGAACAUGAAGCUAUGUAUGCUUGUGAAGAGAAUGGAUAUGAUAUUAUUGUGUCGAUUGAUUUCUUGAAUUUGAAACCGAAAUCGCCAACUUCUGGUUCUAGUACGUCAGCAUCAGCAGCAUCAACUGCUCCAACUACAACUGCAGUUGCAUCUUCAACUACAUCCGAUAAAUCAUGA